GGCAGGCUUGAGACAAAGAGUUGUGGCAGUAUCCGACGACACGACACGCUAGGAGGAAAGGAAUACACUGGAGGAGGGGCCUGUGCUUGCUGCAGACGGGCAGAGGACUGCUUGUCUGGACUGGACUGUCUGCGGGAGUAGACAGGGCAGAGGAAGAGGAAAAGGAAAUGGUUGGCUGAAGUGUCAUGGAGGAUGUCACCACUACGUAGCCCAUCCAGCAUGCAGUGUGGUCUUCCCAGCUGCGCAUCACCAGUGGUGCCAUGAUCCAGUUAUAACUGUGGGUAAUGCCGAGCCAAAUAACCAAUCCUGGAGAUGCCGAAGAGAAGAGAUAUUCUUGCCAUCGUGUUGAUCGUGUUACCCUGGACUCUGCUCAUCACCGUUUGGCACCAAAGCGCUAUAGCUCCACUCCUCGCCAUCCGCAAGGCCUGUCACCACCUAGUAAAAGAGAUCUUUAUCAUUCCAGAGAGGCUUGCAGUCCGCCACCAUCGGCUCUCAGAUGAUGGCGUCGAGGGCAAAAGGGAGGCAGGUGGCCCGGCACAGGACUCCAAGGAAUACUGCGCCUCAGAUAAGGACAUUGUGGAGGUGGUGAGGACAGAGUACGUGUACACGCGGCCUCCACCCUGGUCCGAUGUGCUGCCUACAAUCCACAUCAUCACCCCGACGUAUAGUCGGCCGGUGCAAAAGGCGGAGCUGACGAGGCUGGCAAACACCUUCCUCCACGUUCCCAACCUGCACUGGAUCCUGGUGGAGGACUCGCAACGGAGAACGCCCCUUGUCACGCGGCUCCUCAGAGAAACGGGGCUUAACUACACCCACCUCAAUGUAGAGACGCCCAGGAACUAUAAGCUGAGGGGUGACACUCGGGACCCCAGAAUCCCCAGGGGGACCAUGCAGAGGAAUCUGGCCCUGCGGUGGCUGAGGGAAACCUUCAACGCCAACAGCAGCCAAGCUGGAAUCGUCUACUUUGCUGACGACGACAACACAUACAGCCUGGAGCUGUUUGAGGAGAUGAGAUCGACUCGGAAAGUUUCAGUGUGGCCUGUGGCCUUCGUGGGCGGCUUGCGGUACGAGUCCCCCAAGGUCAAUGCAGCUGGAAAGGUCUACGGCUGGAAGACGGUGUUCGACCCCCAUCGGCCCUUUGCCAUCGACAUGGCUGGCUUUGCCAUCAACCUGAGGCUCAUCCUCUUUAAGCCACAGGCAUAUUUUAAGCUUCGCGGAGUGAAGGGAGGCUACCAGGAGAGUAGUUUGCUCCGGGAACUUGUCACACUCAAUGACCUGGAGCCUAAAGCAGCCAAUUGCACUAAGAUACUUGUUUGGCACACGAGAACAGAGAAGCCUGUCCUGGUAAACGAGGGGAAAAAGGGAUUCACAGACCCCAAUGUGGAGAUCUGA